AUGGAUAGCAAGUAAAAUAAAUAGAAGGCACAUAAAACUAAGACGAUGUCUAAUAAGGAAAUCUACAGAAUUCUAGCCUUUGAGUUCCAACAAUAGGAUUCAUUAGGAAUUAAAAUUGAUUUAAUUGCAGAAAUGGUGAGUUCCUUAUUCUACCCUAAUGAUCAAAAUGGAGAAGCUAAACAGAAUUUCAAAAAUCUUAUAACCCAAUCAUUUAAAAGUCAUUGUUAUAAGGAUGAGAUUAAUGAGGAAUCAUUUUGUAAUGCUAUGAAUUCAGUUGAAAAGUAUAUCAAUGAAGAAACUACGGAUAGAUUUUUACAAAAGAUAUUUAAAAGACAUGAUUCUGACAAAGAUGGCUUUUUGAAUUAAUAAGAAUUUGUAUUUUUAAUGAAGAAUUAUAAGGAUAGUCAUUUAACUGAAGCAGAUAUGUUAGCAAUAUUCAACAGAAUGUCAUAAGGCGAUCCUAAAGGAGUUAGUUAUGACAAUUUCAAAAAAUAUUCAUUGUGA